AUGAAUAAAGAAAUUGAUAGUGUCAAGUUAAUACAACAAUUGACAAAACUAUGUUCAACUGGUGAUAAUAAUGAUAAUACAUUCAAUCAAACAUUAAAUUGCUUUCAAUCAUUCAAUAAACAAAUCGAAACAACUUCUAUUCAAUUUGAUUUCUUAAUUGAAAAUCAACGUGGGUUUAAAUUUUUUGGUAUUCCUAUCUUCACAGAAAAAUCAUUACUCCCCAUAAUUGAUCCAAUAAAUUAUCAAAAUAUAAAUGGUAAGCCAGUUAAUAUUAGUUUAUCAAAUAUUGAUAAUUAUCCAUUACCUGAUUUUCAAUGGAAAUGGCUGUGGAAUAAAUGGUAUGUUUUUAUGUUUAAGGACGUGGACCCCAAUGGUUGGUUAUAUAAUAGUUUAGUAUUUCAAGAUGAUAGAAGAUGGAAAGGGAAAUACUACUUGGGUAAUACUAUAAGAAGAAGAAUAUGGAUUAAACAAAGAGAAAGAGAGCACGUGAACGAUCACGUGAGUAGUCACGUUUUAUGA